GCUCGGCCGCCCGCGCGCGGCUCCUGGAGGCCCCGGGCCCGGCCCGGCGGCUGCUCUAGCUGUGGGACUCGGUGGCGUCGGUGAGCCGCGCCGCAGCCAUGGCUCUGGUGACCCUGCAGCGCUCUCCGACGCCCAGUGCCGCCUCCUCCUCGGCCAGCAACAGCGAGUUGGAGGCUGGCAGCGAUGAUGAGCGAAAGGUAAACCUCAGUUUAAGUGAGAGCUUUUUCAUGGUGAAAGGAGCAGCCCUCUUCUUGCAACAGGGAAACAGCCCUCAGGGCCAGCGGAGUCUUCAGCAUCCCCACAAGCAUGCAGGCGACCUCCCCCAACAUCUGCAAGUAAUGAUCAACCUUCUGCGUUGUGAAGACAGAAUCAAGCUGGCCGUGCGCUUAGAGAGCGCCUGGGCGGAUCGCGUCCGCUACAUGGUGGUGGUGUACAGCAGCGGGCGCCAGGACACCGAGGAGAAUAUCUUGCUGGGAGUUGACUUCUCCAGUAAGGAAAGUAAGAGCUGCACAAUUGGGAUGGUUCUCCGACUAUGGAGUGACACGAAGAUCCACCUUGAUGGAGACGGUGGGUUCAGUGUGAGCACAGCAGGGAGGAUGCACAUAUUUAAGCCCGUGUCUGUCCAGGCCAUGUGGUCUGCCCUGCAGGUGCUUCACAAGGCCUGUGAGGUGGCUCGAAGGCACAACUACUUUCCCGGUGGUGUGGCACUCAUCUGGGCCACCUACUAUGAGAGCUGCAUUGGCUCGGAGCAGAGCUGCAUCAACGAGUGGAAUGCCAUGCAGGACCUGGAGUCCACGCGGCCCGACUCCCCGGCCCUGUUUGUUGACAAGCCAACUGAAGGCGAAAGGACUGAACGUCUCAUCAAAGCCAAACUCCGAAGCAUUAUGAUGAGCCAAGAUCUCGAAAAUGUGACCUCCAAAGAAAUCCGUAAUGAAUUAGAAAAACAGAUGAAUUGUAACUUGAAAGAAUUCAAGGAAUUUAUAGACAACGAGAUGCUGCUUAUCUUGGGACAGAUGGAUAAGCCCUCCCUUAUCUUCGAUCACCUUUAUCUUGGUUCUGAAUGGAAUGCAUCCAAUCUGGAGGAGCUGCAGGGCUCAGGGGUUGACUACAUUUUAAAUGUCACUAGAGAAAUAGACAAUUUUUUUCCUGGCUUGUUUGCAUAUCACAACAUCCGAGUCUAUGAUGAAGAGUCCACAGACCUUCUUGCCCACUGGAAUGAAGCAUAUCAUUUUAUAAAUAAAGCUAAGAGGAACCAUUCCAAGUGCCUGGUUCAUUGCAAGAUGGGUGUCAGCCGAUCUGCGUCUACGGUCAUCGCUUAUGCGAUGAAGGAAUUUGGCUGGCCCCUGGAAAAAGCGUAUAACUAUGUGAAACAGAAGCGUAGCAUCACACGACCCAAUGCAGGCUUCAUGAGGCAGCUGUCUGAGUAUGAAGGCAUUUUGGAUGCAAGCAAACAGCGGCACAACAAACUCUGGCGCCAGCAAACAGAGAGCAGCCUCCAGCCGCCUGUGGAUGAUCACUCGGAGCCCAGCGACUUCUUGCCAGAGACCCAGGACAGCACCCCAGAUACCCGGCCGCCCUGCUCUGAUGAUGCCUCCCACCCUGGGCUCCUAGGAAGCCCAGCCCCAGGAGGACCUGCUCUGCCCUGCUGUUUCCAGAGACUCUCAGACCCCCUCUUUCCUUCCUCCGACAAUGACCUUGGUGGCCUGGUCCACCUGGAGGACCUUGAGAAGGAUGCUCUGUCGGAGGAUGCGGCUCAGGCCGAGGAGGUGCUCAAGCUGGCCAGGCGAGCCCAGGAAGGUGCUGGACUCUGUGAGAAGGACGUGAAGAAGAGACUCGAGUUUGGGAGGCCCAGAGCCCACAGUGGCUCCUCACCACAGGUGGAGGAGAUGGAAAGGGAAGAGGGCCCAAGGUCAGGGAGGUGGAUGCAGCCUGUACCCCAGCCUGACAGAAGCCCACUCAGCCGGGAGAACCUCAAUAACAACAACAGCAAGAGGAGCUGCCCAGAUGACUUCGAGCAUGAUGCCAUGUUUGCGAUCCUCACCAAAGUCAAGCCUUCCUACAAAUCUUGCGCUGAUUGCAUGUACCCUACAGCCAGCAGGGCUACUGAGGCCUUCAGGGAGCAAAGUGAGGACCCCAGUGCUCCUGCCAUCUGCACCCAGCCAGCCUUCCUGCCCCACAUCACAUCUUCCCCUUUGGCCCCUGUAUCCAGCAGGUCCCAUGCUCUGGAGAAGCCAGCCUCUGGCACAGCCGACACGCCCCUAUUGCUGUCACCCACAGCCUCAAGGAGACCAGAGAGUAGUGGAAAUUUGGCUGGGGCUGUCCCAGAGCCACCACCUAGCCUUCCAGAACCUUCCAGAGAGACUCCAAAAGUCCUGCCCAAGUCCCUCCUGUUGAAGAAUUCUCACUGUGACAAGAACUCUCCCAGCCUGGAAGCGAAGGAAGACUCAUCACCCAAGAAGGAGCUGAAGCCGGCUAAGGACCUGAGGCUUCUGUUCAGUAAUGAGUCUGAGAAACCAACAACCAACAGCUACCUGAUGCAGCACCAGGAGUCCAUCAUUCAGCUGCAGAAGGCAGGUCUGGUCCGCAAGCACACCAAAGAGCUGGAGAGGCUGAAGAGCCUGCCCACAGACAUGGCGUCCACCAGCAGGCUGGAGGCCAGCAUCCCCGAGGAGAGCCAGGAGUUGGCCGUGCUCCAGGAGCCACAGCCUCUAGCUCUGCCUGGCCAGGCAGGGGGUGACGAGAAAUCAGAGGCCACCCCCCUGCUGUUGGAAGGAGCCUUGCUGAAGAGCCCUCCACCCUUCCUCUCCCGCCUGGACCACACCAGUAACUUCUCCAAAGACUUCCUGAAGACCAUCUGCUACACCCCCACCUCCUCCUCCUUGAGCUCCAACCUGACUCGGAGCUCCAGCAGCGACAGCAUCCACAGUGUCCGAGGGAAGCCCGGGCUGGUGAAACAGCGGACCCAGGAGAUUGAGACCCGGCUCCGGCUGGCAGGCCUCACUGUCUCAUCCCCACUCAAGCGCUCCCACUCUCUUGCCAAGCUGGGAAGCCUCAACUUCUCAACAGAAGACCUGUCCAGUGAGGCUGAUGUAUCCACUACCGCUGACUCCCAGGAUGCUAAGUGCAGCAAAUCUUCCUUCUUGAAUGAACCCCAGACCACCCAAAGGAACCCAGCUGCAACCUCCAAGCCAUCAGGGAAAUCUGCCCCAGAAAACUUGAAAAGCCCCCUGAGGAUGAGCAAAAGCUGACCCCCCCCCCCCCCCCGCUUCACUGGAUUUACAUUUUCAUUCAGUCCCUCCCUUAGUUUCACUGUGGAUUCUAGUCCAUCCCUUACAUCUUGAUUUGUCUUAACCAAAGUCAUCCAGCCUUUUCUCCCUUUUGACAUUGGAGGAAGAGAAACAAAAAUAAUUUACAGCACAAGAAGAAGGGAGAAGUACCGCUGUGUGGCCUGGAGAUCCAGGAACUGUCAGCCAGUAGACACACACUUUGUCCUGUUUUUGAGACAAAUCGUGUACUAAAGAACACAUACAGAUAGGCUCACAUCCAAAACACUCCAUUUGCAUCAUGCAGAAGAGGCAUGGUGGUGACAUCAUAGCCACGGCCCACGUUUCAUUCUGGCCUCUUAGGAAAACUCUGGGAUGGCAACAUGAGUCCUACCUCUGUUCUUACUGUGCUCUUUGUGUUUUGUUUUUGUUUUUGUUUUUUUUUUUGGUACCAGGGGCAGGGGAUCGAACUCUGGUCCAUGCUCUUGCGAGGCAGGCAGCGGAACCACUGAGCUAAAUCCCCGGCCCUGCUGUUUGUUUUUAAAAUAUAAUAAUGCCCAAGACUUGUUCCAGGGAAUAAUGCUGUGUCAGAAAGAGUUUUUCCAAACAAGGUUUUUUGUUUUGUUAGAACCCCCAAAGUGUCAGGAUGUUCAGCUUGACUGCACCAAGCAGAUCACUGCUAGGGAAGGUCAGCAGACAGAUGCAUCCAGCCUUGCUAUUGGCCUUGUGCUGUGCUAAGAGAUGGUCGCCUGUUCAGUUAAAGUCUUCUGUCUUGCUUGUUGUGACUGGGUGAUGAGCAGUAGGCCAGCGCCCAGGUCAGAUGGGGGAAAUGUGUGCGAUGUUCUCAGUUGUUGCUAGUGGGGAAGCAUACCGUGGGCCUAGUGAGGGGAAAAGACCAAACCUGCUGCUGUACCAGAUGUGGUUGUAUUUAGGUUUGGGGAGCACUGUGGUGGUGGCCCUGAUCGGACUGUCCUGCCCAAAGCCCUGAUCCUCAGGCUCCUUAGGUCCCAUCGACUGUUGUGUGGAAGGCAAAAGGGAUUUUGGCAGGGUGAAAUUCUUACGGCUCCUACUCCAGGAGCCUCUUUGAGCAUCUUUUCUGAGCAAAAUGAGACUGAAAAGCUUGGCAAAUGCUUACAGCUUCCUGUUUCUGCAGCUCUCUCCAGCAGCAGUGAUGGAGUGGAGAAUGCUGUAGCCUGAGCCUCGGCUCUGGGUAGCACCUUGAAGACCCAGGGAAGCGCAGCAUGGCUUGCAGCUUGGCGUUUGAACCCAGGGGCUCACCUGGUGUCUGUCAGCAAGGCAGAGUGCUAAGAUAUUUUGAAGAAAGAAGCAGCUCUGUAGAAAGACAGAAGGGCUUGAUUCAGGGCUCUGCAGUCUGGUGUACAGCCCCUGUGGUCUAAGAAUGUUGACAUUUUUAAAGAGUUAUAAAAAAGUAAAAUAUUAUGUGACAGAGUCCAUGCAAAGCCUUAGAUAUUUAUGGACAGGCCCUUUACAGACCUUGGCUGUCUGUGCAGAAAGAAGGCGAAUUCGAAGGCGUCCUGUGUCUCAAGGAUACCUUGGGCCAAACCCUCCCCUCCUCCUAACCCCAGACCUUGCCGACCCCUCCUUGUGCAUGUACGUGGGGAGCACAGAAGCUUGCCCGCAGUGCCAUCUUACCCUCAGCUGGAUCAGCCCGGUUAACCCAGUGAAGCCAGAAAGCAUCCAGGGGUCAGCCAAGUUUGGAAAGCAGAUGAAUGAGUUGCCGUCUUCCAUUGGCCAGAACUGGUCCCCCAGAGCAGCUGCUUUAGGGAGCACCCAGGCAGGGACUUCAGGAAGAAGGCUAAUUCCUGUUUCAACUAGUGCAGCAAGUUUGGGCAAACACCUUUUCCAAGAACUUUUUCUCCCUGGCAUGGUUUUUUAAAAAUAUGUUACUUUAUUUUAUAGAAAUCUGUUUUCCCAUUAGUGUCCAUUGAAAUCACCUUAAAAGGGGAUUAUCCACUUAUUCCUGAAACCCUGUGGGAUUUUCCCCUUCUUCCUCAGCCAACAAAAGUGUAUUUUCAAAAAACUUAUCAAGUUCAGUUAUGUUUUGCCAAAUUAAAUUUCAUGCAGAUCAAUUUUUGUGUCAAAAUAAUCUUUUAAAUUUGAUGAUAGGCUUCUGUUGACUUUUUCAACAUGUCUGUGUAGAAGAGUGCUAUAUUUUUGAAAACAUUAAUUUUGAAAGGUGUAAUUUUUCUUGUUCAGUUAAAGAGUGGGGGUGAGGACCCUUAUAAGUGGGUCUUUGGCAAAUGUACCUUUUUUUUUUUUUUUUGCAAUACCAGGGAUCAAACUCCAGACCUUGCA